AUGAACUCUACAAACACCUUUGAUGUGAAAGACCCAGCAACAGGGAAAACUGUUGGUACUGUGAUGAACUGUGACAGAACUCAUGCCGAAGAAGCAAUCCGAGCAGCCAAAGCUGCUUUUCCCGAAUGGGCGUCCAUGAACCCCACUAAUCGUAGCGCAAUUCUCUUUCGUCUGUACGAUCUCCUAAUCGAGCACAGCGAAGAGCUCUCCAAGGUCAUGACCCUCGAGAGCGGCAAGCCCAUCCGCGAAUCCCGCGGCGAAGUCCAAUACGGCGCGAACUUCGUCCGCUGGUUCGCCGAGGAGAGCAAGCAUCUCCGCGGACAAACCAUCACGUCGCUCUCCUCCCCCGCCUCGCGCCAGCUCCUCACGCUCUACCAGCCGGUCGGCGUCGUCGGCCUGAUCUCCUCCUGGAACUUCCCGAUCGCGAUGAUCACCCGCAAGAUGGCCGCCGCGCUCUCCGUCGGCUGCACCUGCGUCCUGAAGCCGCCCAGCGCCUCGCCGCUCUCCGCUCUCUACCUGGCCCUCCUCGCCGAGCGCGCCGGCGUCCCUCCGGGCGUGUUCAACGUGGUCUGCUGCACGUCAGCCAACGGGAAGCAGGUCGGGAAGGCGCUGUUAGAGUCGUCGGACGUGCGCGCGCUGUCGUUCACGGGAUCGACGUCGGUGGGACAGUAUUUGAUCCGCGAAUCGGCGGGGUCGGUGAAGAAAUUGGGGCUGGAGCUGGGCGGGAACGCGCCGUUUAUCGUGUUUAAGGACUGCAAUCUGGAGGACGCGGUGGAAGGAGCGAUCGCGUCGAAGUUCCGGAACUCGGGACAGACGUGUAUCUGCGCGAACCGGCUCUUCGUGGAGGAUUCGGUGUGCGAUGAGUUCACGAAGCGAUUCGUGAAGCGCGUGCGCGAGCUGAAAGUGAGCCAUGGAUUGGAGGAGGACUGCGAUGUGGGCCCGCUGAUCAAUCGUAGCGCCGUGGAGAGCUGUGAGGAGAAGAUUCGCGAUGCGGUGGAGAAGGGCGCGCGCGUGCUUUGUGGCGGCAAACGACACAUUUUGGGCGGCAAUUUUUACGAACCCACGGUGUUGACGAACGUCACCAGGGACAUGAAAGUGUUCUCGGAGGAGAGUUUUGCGCCGAUUGCGCCGAUAUUGCGAUUCUCGACGGAGGAGGAAGCGAUUGAAAUGGCGAAUGAUACCAACGCUGGACUCGCUUCGUAUGUGUAUUCGAGGGAUAUAGGGCGCUGUAUGCGCGUGGCGCGUGCGCUGGAAUAUGGAAUUGUGGGGGUGAACGAAGCGGUGCCCAGUGCUGCGGAAGCACCGUUCGGAGGAAUGAAGCAGAGUGGGCUAGGAAGAGAGGGAGGAGCUUCGGGGCUUAUGGAGUAUGUGGAAGAGAAAUAUGUGUGCUUGGGAGGAUUGGAUCAUUGGAGUGUUUGUUGA